UUGCAAUUGAUUUUUUGUUCUCCAGGUGCCAGAUGAAGACUGCUGGAUAUCACAAUGUGAACGUGAGAAACUUUACAACAUCUUGGAGAGAUGGUUUAGCAUUCAAUGCUAUCAUUCAUAAACACAGAUCUGACCUGGUUCAGUACGAGAAGUUAUCCAAGAGCAACGCCAUGCACAACCUCAACCACGCCUUUAACCUAGCGGAGAAGGAGUUCGGCCUCGUCAAACUUCUCGAUGCCGAGGACGUAUUCGUUGAUCAACCCGAUGAGAAGUCGAUCAUCACCUACGUUGUGACGUACUACCAUUACUUCAGUAAGCUGAAGCAGGAGACAGUUCAAGGAAAAAGAAUUGCUAAGGUUCUUGGUAUUGAGAUGGAGAUUGAUAAAAUGAUUCAAGAAUACGAAUCCUUUACUUCAGAUCUUCUCGCUUGGAUCCAACAGAUAAUUGAAGAAUUAUCGGACAGAAACUUCGCAAAUUCUCUUCGGGGAGUACAGGAGCAGUUAGGACAGUUUAAUGCGUACAGGAAUAAGGAGAAACCUCCGAAGUUUAUGGAGAAAGGAAACCUUGAAGUUCUCCUGUUUACCCUCCAGUCUAAGAUGCGUGCGCACAACAAAGUCCCCUACACCCCUAAGGAGGGCAAGAUGAUCAGGGACAUCAACUCUGCCUGGGAGCGCCUAGAAAAGGCCGAGCACGAGCGUGAACUGGCGCUGCGCGAAGAACUCAUUCGUCAAGAGAAACUUGAACAGCUAGCGGCUAGGUUCAACCGCAAGGCAGGAAUGCGCGAAACUUGGUUAUCCGAGAAUCAACGUCUUGUCUCUGCCGACAACUUCGGCUUCGACCUCGCGGCCGUUGAGGCCGCCGCGAAGAAGCAUGAAGCUAUUGAGACCGAUAUUUUUGCAUACGAAGAGCGAGUGACAGCAGUUGAGCAGGUUGCUAUGGAGCUUGAGCAGGAGAACUAUCAUGAUAUUGCGAGAAUCAACGCUAGGAAGGAGAACGUGUUGAGGUUGUGGCAGUAUCUCUUAGAGCUACUCAGAGCUAGGAGACAGAGAUUAGAACUCAGUCUUCAACUUCAACACAGCUUCCAGGAAAUGUCUUAUAUCCUGGACAGUAUGGAAGAACUGAAGCUCCGACUACUAUCUGAUGAUUUCGGUAAACAUCUGAUGGGAGUUGAGGAUCUUCUGCAGAAGCAUAGUCUAGUAGAGGCAGAUAUUAAUGUACUAGGAGAGAGGGUUAAGCAGGUUGUCCAGCACAGCCAAAGGUUCCUGGAUGAAGAGGCAGCUGAUGGAUACCGUGCUUGUGAUCCUUCGAUUAUUGUUGAGCGUGUUCAAAAUCUGGAGGACGGAUACGCAGAGCUUGUCAAGUUUGCUGUGGAAAGAAGGUCUCGUCUCGAAGAGAGCAGACUAUUGUGGCAGUUCUACUGGGACAUGGCUGAGGAGGAGAACUGGAUCAAGGAGAUGGAGAACAUCCUUCUCCAGGGAGAUAUUGGUCAUGAUCUAACAACCAUCAAUCUUCUGCUCAGUAAGCACAAAACUUUGGAGACAGAAAUAUUGGGACAUGAGUCUGCUUUGCAGGUUUCUAUCAGUGGUGGAGAUGAACUGAUUGAGCAGGGACACUUUGGUUCUGCCAAGAUCCAAGAGAGGAUCCAGGACGUUACCUCCAGGUGGUCUGAGCUCAUCGCUCUCAUGGAUGCCAGGAAGAAACGCUUGACAGAUGGUGUGGACUUCCACCAGUUCUUCACUGAUGCUGAUGACGUGGACAACUGGAUGCUUGACAUCCUUAAGCUUGUCUCUUCUGAUGAUAUUGGUAAGGAUGAAAGCAAUGUGCAGACCUUGUUAAAGAAACACAAGGAUGUCACCGAGGAAUUGAAGAACUAUCAGGGAACCAUUGAUGCUCUGCAUGAACAGGCCGCUGCCCUAGGAGAUGAGGACAAGGAGUCUGGUCCUGUGGUUGAACGCCUUGCAUCUAUAGACAGGAGGUAUAAGGAGCUGCUUGAGAUGGCUAAGAUUAGGAAGCAGCGUCUUCUUGAUGCUUUGUCUCUGUACAAGCUAUUCACUGAGGCUGAUGGAGUUGAGCAAUGGAUCUCGGAGAAGGAGAAGAUGUUGGUGACAAUGGUCCCCGGCAAGGACAUCGAGGACUGUGAAAUUAUGAAGCAUAGGUUUGAUGGUUUUGACCGUGAGAUGAAUGCUAAUGCAAGCCGUGUUGCGGUUGUCAACCAGCUUGCUCGUCAGCUUCUGCAUGUUGAUCAUCCCAAUUCUGAGGAGAUUGUCUCCAGGCAGAACCAACUAAACUCCAAGUGGUCUUCCCUCAGGGAGAGAUCAGAGAUGAAGCGUGAAGAAUUGAUCUCUGCCCAUGGAGUACAGAUCUUCCACAUUGAAUGUCGUGAGACUGUUACAUGGAUUGAGGACAAGAUGAGAGUCCUUGAACAGACAGAUGAGCUUAAGAUGGACCUUACUGGUAUCAUGACCCUCCAAAGAAAGCUGUCUGGUAUGGAGCGUGAUCUUGCUGCUAUUCAGGCUAAGCUCGACGCCCUAGAUGAAGAGGCUGAUAAGAUCUCUGUUUCUCAUCCUGAAGAGGCUGUUAUCAUUAAACAGAGGACUAACAGACUCAGAGAGGUCUGGGACCUCCUGACAGCUAUGCUGAAGGAGCGGGAUGAGAAGUUAGAGGAGGCUGGAGACCUUCACAGAUUCUUGAAGGAUCUAGAUCACUUCCAGGCCUGGCUUAGUAAGACUGAGUCAGAUAUUGCCAACCAGGAGAAUCCAUCCUCAUUGGCAGAAGCAGAGAAGUUGUUGGCUAUGCACCAGCAGAUCAGGGAAGAGAUUGACAGCUAUGUCACUGACUAUAGCAGCAUGAUGGAGUAUGGUGAAAAGGUCACAGCUGACCCAUCAACCUUCGACGAUCCCCAGUAUAUGUUCCUUAGAGAGAGACUGAAGGCACUUCAGGAUGGAUGGACUGAGGUUCAUCAGAUGUGGGAGAACAGGCAAUCUCUCCUUUCACAAUCUCUUUCUCUGCAGAUGUUUAACAGAGACGCAAAGCAGGCUGAAGUCUUGCUUUCACAGCAGGAGCAUAUGCUCAGCAAGGACGAGUCCCCAGCAAACUUGGAGCAAGCGGAGACACUCCUGAAGAAGCACGAAGCUCUUCUCACCACCAUGGAUGCAAACGACGACAAGGUUAAUGGCGUGCUUCAAAGCGCCCAAAUCCUUGUCCAAGAAGAGCAUUUUGCAGCCGAUAAAAUUUCUAAGAAGGCGGAAGAACUGGCGGAGAGGAGACAGAAGAACAGGGCGGAGGCGAUCGAACAGCACGAGAGGAUCAAGGAUCAGCAUAUGUUGCACAACUUCCUCCAGGACUGCGAGGAGUUGACGGAUUGGGUCCAGGAGAGACAUGUCAUUGUACAACAGGACACUUACAGAUCUGCCCGAACCAUCCACUCCAAGUGGACCCGUCACCAGGCCUUCCAGUCAGAGAUCCUCAGCAACAAGGAGAGAUUGGAGAAGGUUCAGCAGUCUGGUCAGGUUCUGCUCCAGGCUAAGCCUGAGAUGCAGGAUCUUGUUGCCCCUAAACUAGAGGAGCUUCAUGCACAGUUUGAGAAGCUGCAGGCUGAUACCCAUGAGAAGGGAGAGCGCUUAUUUGAUGCUAAACGUGCAGAUCUUUACGACCAGAGUUGUGACGAUAUUGAUAGCUUUGCCAGGGAUAUUGAGGCACAGAUAGAAACCGAGCCCAUGGAGGAGUUGAAGGACUUGACCUCUGUCAACAUCAUGAUGCAGAAGCAGCAGUUGAUCGAGACCCAGCUUAUUGUCAAGAGUCAACAGAUGACAGAGUUGGAGGGACAGGCCGACCAUCUGGUCAGGAUGGAACCAGAAAAUAUGGAGGAGAUUGUCGCCAAGAAGGCCAAGGUGGAGGAGAGAUUCGGAGCCAUUAUGGCACCGAUCGAGGCAAGGAAGGCAGAGCUUCUCAAGAAGAAAGAAACCUUCCAGUUCAAAAGAGAUGUGGAGGAUGAGAACCUCUGGAUUGAGGAGAAGAUGGCUCUGGCCUCCAGUCAAGAGGUUGGAAAUAGCCUCAUGGCUGUCAACCUCCUUCUGAAGAAGAACAAGAUGACCUCUGGUGAGAUUGCUAAUCAUGAGCACAGAGUUAACAGUGUUGUGGAGAAUGGUACCAAACUCAUCUCUGAGGGGCAUCCUCAAGCCGAGGAGUUCAACAAGAAGCUGGAUGAACUGGUUGAAAAGUGGCAAGCAUUGAAGGACCUCCUGGAGGCCAGAAGACAGCAGCUGCUCGUCAACGAGCGCGUGCAGCAGUUCCUGUUCGAUGCAGGAGAAGCAGAGUCCUGGAUGUCCGAGCAGGAACUCUACAUGAUGGUCGAGGACAGGGGUAAGGAUGAGUUCUCCGCUGAGAACCUCAUGAAGAAGCACAGGACUCAGGAGAGUGCUGUCGAGGAUUACUCCGAGGCAGUUCGACAACUUGGAGAAACAGCACGUCAGCUCAUCGCUGACGGGCAUCCUGACAGCGAAACUAUUGCUGUCAGAAUUGGCCAGGUUGACAAACUUUACGCAGGACUGAAGGAUUUGGCAAAUGAGCGACGCGCUAAGUUGGACGACGCUUUGAAACUGUUCAGACUCAACCGUGAGGUUGAUGACCUCGAACAGUGGAUCGCGGAGCGUGAGGUUGUAGCUGGCUCCCAUGAGCUCGGCCAGGAUUACGAGCAUGUUUCCCUUCUCAUCGAGAGGUUCAAGGAGUUUGCCAAGGAAACUGAAAGUAUUGGAAAUGAGCGCGUGGAAGCUGCAAAUGAGAUUGCUGAUUCUCUGAUCAGUGUGGGACAUACUGAUGCUGCUACCAUAGCACAAUGGAAGGAUUCUCUGAACGAUGCCUGGGCUGAUCUCCUUGAAUUGAUUGACACAAGGAACCAGAUGCUGGAUGCCAGCAGGGAGCUCCACAAGUACUUCCAUGACUGCAAGGACGUGUUAUCCAGGAUCCUGGAGAAGCAGAACUCCAUGUCGGAUGAGCUAGGACGGGACGGAGCAACUGUCAGUAUGCUGCAGAGGAAACAUCACAACUUCCUCCAGGAUUUGAUGUCACUACUGGUGCAAGUAGCAUCUAUCCAAGAGGACUCUGCCAAGCUGCAGGCUGCUUAUGCAGGGGAAAAGGCUAUGGAGAUCACCAACAGAGAGAGGGAGGUGGUCAGGGCCUGGAUGGAGCUCCAGGCUUUCGGAGACUCCAGGAAGAGGAAGUUGAACGAUACCGGAGACUUGUUCAGGUUCUUUGCUAUGGUCAGGAACUUGAUGCUGUGGAUGGACGAUCUCAUGAGACAGAUGUCUACCAGUGAGAAGCCUCGUGACGUGUCUGGAGUAGAACUUCUCAUGAAUAAUCACCAGGGACACAAGGCAGAGAUUGAUACAAGGGAGGAUAUCUUCGGAGAUGUUUACAGUCUAGGCAAGGAGCUGCUCAGCAGGUCUCACUAUGCUAGCAACGAGAUUAAAGAAAAGCUGAUGGAGUUGACCGACAAGAGAAAUGGAAUGAUCCACAGGUGGGAGGAGAGAUGGGAACAUCUUCAGCUUAUUCUUGAAGUUUAUCAGUUUGCUCGCGAUGCAGCAGUUGCUGAAGCCUGGCUUAUGGCACAGGACCCGUAUCUGAAGAGCGACGAGUACGGUCAGACGAUUGAUGAGGUUGAAAAUCUGAUCAAAAAGCACGAAGCAUUUGAGAAAGCUGCCGCUGCGCAGGAAGAAAGAUUUGCCGCGCUAGAGAGAUUAACUACGUUUGAGCUGAAGGACAUGAAGAGGAGGCAGGAGGAUGAGGAGAGAAGGAGGGAGGAGGCCGCCACCCUUAAACUAACCCCAACCGACAGACCCGAUUCCGGUAGAGACAAAUCUGACACUCACAGUUUGAAAGAAACAAGACCUCAGCAUGAAGGAAUUGGACAGGGUAAACCUCCUUCAGCCCCUGCAGGAGCUAAGGGGCUUUCCCAAGCCCUAAAGGGUGGACAGGGGGCUAGCAUGACAACCCCCUCCGCUAGGAGUGUUCCUUCAUCUCCUAAAACAGCUCUAGGAUCGCGAAGAAGUAGUACUGCUAGUAAAGAGGGACGUGGUAAGUCCCUAACCCGGAGUAAAAGUCCAUUCCGAAGCUUCAGAUGGAAGAAGAAACCCGAUUCCUACUCCGGGUACAAUAGUGAUGAGGAGGAUGGAGGACGAACCGUUGAGAGCGCAGACGGUGAACUGGAGGGAAUGUUGGGCAGAAAACAUGCUUGGGAGUCCACAACAAAGAAGGCAGCUAACAGAUCUUGGGAUCGUGUAUGUACAGUACUAAAGGGUUCUCAAAUCUUCUUCUACAAGGAUCAGAAAACCUACAAAACAACACCAGAUGUUACAUACAGAGGGGAAGCUGCAGUAGAACUAAAGGGAGCUGAAGCGGAGGUGGCUACAGAUUACACCAAGAAAAAACAUGUCUAUAGAUUAAGAUUAGCAAAUGGUGGUGAUUAUCUGUUCCAAUGUGCGGAUGACGAUGAAAUGAACACGUGGAUUACAGCUAUAAACAGCGAGUCGGCGGGAGAAAGAGGUCCCGGCAAGUCCCAGACCCUUCCCUCAGGCGGGGACAAGAAGGAUGAACCCAAGCGUAGAUCUUUCUUCACUCUCAAGAAAAAUUGAAGCGCAGACUAGAAGAACCAUCAGAUGAAAACAUCCCAAAGUUUCAUAAAUUUUAACUUCUUAUAAAUAGUUUACAAAGUAUAUAAAGUAUAUCGCUUAUUUUUAACCAAUUUUGGACGCUUUGUUUCAAAAUGGCGCUAAAAUCAACAGCUGAAAUAAUUGUCGAGUGUUAGCUGUUGCAACGUGCCACCCUUCACUUUAUCCUUAUUAUACUGCCGCGUAUGUUUUGACGUUAAAUUUAAGUUUAGAUUUGAAUGUUAUUUUGAAUACCUACCUAAAAUAGGACAGUCAAUUUUUUCUUUUACCUUCUAAAAGAAGCUUAUUGUUGAAUAAUAAAAUUUGUAGUUAUUUUUUCUUUAUCAUUAUAGUCCUUAUUAUAAGAUGUUUAACGGAAUAAAUAACUUUAACUUG